AUGCCGAUAGCCAGUGAGAGCAGUACCGCGACUACCACCAUGACCACCUUCUCCGCCCCGGUCACCGUGCCCAUGUCGAUGCCAAACAAUCAAUCUGCGUUGGCGGCAUCCUUCACAAACUUUCUCACCGUGUCAAUUCACCAAAUCCUCUUUCUUCGUUCGGUCUAUCCGCGAGCAACAUUUUUACCGGUCCGGGCCUACAACUACCCUGUGCGACAAUCCCGUCACCCAAAGGUGUGUGACUACAUCAAUGAUGCGUCAAUUGCGGUCGGGACGGAGAUUUUGAAAGGCACUAUUACCGCUGUCAGUAUCAUCAUUUCAUCUCUCCGCACAAAUCAGCCCCUCGAACGAUAUGCCUUUGAUCUGUCGGGGUUCCCUCGUGUUUCCGCCGGAGAUGUCAACACAACAUUUGAAGACAGAAAAGAAGAUUCAUCCAAGCCAGGUGUCCCCGUUGCCGAUCGGGGUUCCGCUCCUAUAAGUGUCGACCUCGAAGCGCAGUUCCGUGCUUGCCUCGCGAGACUGGCCUCUGCUUGCGCCCGGUUGACCCCGUUGCCUCGAGAUGACGAGUUCAGCUUUACCGUCUGUAUCGAAGUUCGGGAGGAUGCAUUACCUCCGGCUGGUACCACAAAGGAAGAACAGACCUGGAUUGUUGCCGAACCCGGGAAGAUUCACCUGAGGUCGUGUACUGCGCCCUACUCUGUUUCCAAAUCGAAAAACGGCGAGCUGCAUCAACCUCCCCCCAGAGUGUCGAAUGGUCGGGCCAAAACGGUACCCGUACGACGUGUAGAAGCUGGCGAGCUUCGCUUGGAACUAUGGGUGGAAGAGGCGCGACAGAAGUUUAAUGAACCAGUGGAUUCCGAACAUCCUCCAUGA